AAUCAGACUGCGCGUUUUAGCGGUGCGUGCGUGCGUGCGUGCGUGCUGACGGCCCGACGGAGCCGGUGCGCCGGUAGCCUCAGUGCUGUACUAUGGACCUGCGGAGCAGCGCUGAGACAGAGCCGGACCUCUCCGUCGCCACGGAGCUGCGGUGCAGGAAGCAGGAGCAGGAGAAGCUGUCGGGGGUGGUGAAGAGCGUGCACCGAAAACUCCGCAGGAAAUACAUCGAAGUGGGAGAUUUCGAGAAAAUAUGGCGUGAGCAUUGCGAAGACGAGCAGACUCUCAGCGAGUAUGCCAUGGCCAUGAAGAACUUGGCCGACAACCACUGGGCAAAUAAAUGCGAGGGCGAGGGACGCAUCGAGUGGUGCCGCAGUGUUUGUCAGGAGUACUUCCAGGAUGGAGGGAUGAGGCGAGUGUUGGAGAAGGACGAGAAGAGCGCCAGGCAUGCUGCGGCUGGGAAUAACGCAUCCCCGAACUCUCCGCCGCAAUCAUCCUCUUCAAGCUCAUCGUUCCAGCUUGGGAGGAUACGGCUGCUGGAUGUGGGCAGCUGUUUCAAUCCCUUUCUGAAGUUUGACGAGUUUCUGACUGUUGGCAUCGACAUUGUGCCAGCAGUAGAGAGCGUCUACAAAUGCGAUUUUCUCAACCUGCAGCUGCAGCAGCCUCUGCAGCUGGCCAGCGACGCCUUGGAUGCCUUCCUGCGGCAGCUGCGCGGCCCCAUCGACGCUUUACCUGCCCAGCUCUUUCACGUGGUCGUCUUCUCCCUGCUUCUCUCCUACUUCCCCUCGCCCUACCAGCGCUGGCUCUGCUGCAAGAAAGCACACGAACUCCUGACCCUGAACGGCCUGCUCCUCAUCAUCACCCCCGACUCCUCCCACCAGGGCCGGCACGCGCUGAUGAUGCGCAGCUGGCGGGUUGCCGUGGAGUCUCUGGGCUUCAAGCGCUACAAGUACGUCAAGUUCUCCCACAUGCACCUGAUUGCUUUCCGCAAGGUUUCGCCCACCACCAGCAGCGACCUGGUCAGCCGCAACUACCCGGAGAUGCUUUACAUCCCGCAGGACUUCAACACGCUCGACGAGGACGGAUUCGCAGAUUGCUACGAAGCUCCGCGCUCCGAUUUCGAAGACGACCAGUUGGCUUGUAGCUUCGCGGAAUUGCCAGACACGCCGUACGAUUCGGACUCGGGCGAGAGCCAGAGCAGCUCGGCCCCCUUCCACGAGCUGGAAGACCCUAUUUUGCUGCAGAGCUGAGCUUGUUUACUGUUUCUCUCCAUGUUUAGUACCUUACCUUCGUGCUGCCAAAAUUGCUCCGCUGCGUUUGUGUACUCGACCCCUUUUUAAGAAGCAAAAAGUUUGCACAGAGUGAAUGAGGACGUUUAAGCGGGCGUUGAUUUUUAAGAGCGUGCAAGACAUCCUUUUGAACACAGACGUACACACUAAACAAUCUUAACUAAGAUAUAGCAGUGAUGUGGUUUUGUAACAGAAGCAGCUGAGUGAUUUCAGGUCGAGGAUGAUUAUGCUCACUUUGGCUGUUUUCUCAUUUUUAGAAUGACUGGACAAACCUUUUCAGACUAGCUUUACUUAUAGCUUAGGCAUAGUUAUCGUCGGUGUCAAAAGAUCCAACUUUUUGGUCAGUUAACAUACCGUUUCAGACUUUUUCAGCUGUGUUUCGUAAGGGUAAGGGUAGUUCGCCCAAAAAUGUCACUUCAAAAAAUGUAUGACGUCCGUCUUCUCUGAAAUGCGUAUAUUUUGAAAAAGUCUUGUAAUUUUAUCCAUACAAAGUCAAUGUAAUUUUUUAGUUAUAAUGAAACUUAGUGGGGUCCAAAAUGACCUCAUUGAGUUACGUUGUUACUAAAAGAUACAUUGAAAUUAAAUUUACAGUCAAAUUUGUUUUGCACCCCAUUGACUUCCACUGUAAGAACAAAAACGUUAAAGUAAAAGGAAAUUAGUACUGUUGUGGAAAAUGGUGGUGAACAUAUGGUGACAGAAUUUUCCAUUUUUGCGUGAACUAUCCAGUGGUUUGAUUCUUAGCAAGUUUUCACUGGACAUUUUAGAUGGCGAUUUCAGCCAUCGUCUGUUCUCUAACGACUUUUUGAAAUAGCCUUUAUCAAUGAUGUUCGUAGCAUUUUAAGUGUCUGCAGAACUUGUGCGUGUUUGGUUACGUGACAUUGUAACUGUGAAUGUGGAUUUCUCGCUUCAACUAGGUACAAAUCAUGCAAAGUAGUCAUAGUUUUUUCAGAACAAACAAUCUUGCAGGUGACCGGAUUGGAUGCAUGCGUUGUGGCAACAUGUUUCUAAUCAGUGAUCAAAUGGCCUGAAAGUAGCUGCGUGUCUGCCUUCGUUUUUGUUUUAACCGCUAUUAUAACUAGUAAUAUCCGAUUACUUGUCAGUAGUAUGAAACAGGUUAGAUUUCUCUGCAUUUCGCCAUAAUGUGACUUUGAGUAGUAUGAUUGUUUACUAUUGAGUGUUUGCUCUCGAAAACCUCCGGUUGCUUUAAAUCUACUUCCUGUAUCGUUUUCUGGUGUUUAUCCCAUUGACUUUUUCAGUACAUUAUUUUAGUUUCCCGCUUUCAGUUACAAAAUAAAGCUUUUUAGGUACAAAAGCGUGAACAGUACUCUGCCAAAUGUCGAUUUAAAAGUACUACAAAAAGAUUGUUGCGUAUCACUGUACGUUUUUAGCUUCUGUGUGUGUAACUGCAGAACUUGCAGCUUUUUUUAAUUCACUCCAGGUUCUUAAAAACACUAUUUUGACUGUCCAAGCACAUAUUUGCACGUUUCCGAUAGCACCCGUCGUGGGGUUGGCAAAAUAUCGAUAUUGGCAUCAGCACUUCAUUAGAAUAGCAAUACGUUCAUAAUCAUUAACGGUCAAAAAUGCCCCAUAUCACAGUAACCUGGCAGUUCUAUUGAGUGACUGAUAUUAGGCACUGUUUUCUAUUGUACAUUUGGUAAACCUAAUGAUGUGAGAAAAUGCUGUGAUGGGUCUUUACUUUGAAAGAGCGCGUGAGAUGUACGUUGGGGAUCUGUUGAGGUAUCUAUGUGAGGUUUUGGUGUUAGGCACUUUAGAUGCGUUUUAGGGGUGCCAAAAAUAAGUGUGGAAAGAUUUGAAAUGGUGAUAGAAUUCAGUAUGUAAUCAGGAAAAAAAAAAAUCCUCCUCAAGGUGCCUUCAAACCCAAAUUGUAUUUUUGCAUUUGUGAUUAUAUAGACUGGAUUCAAGAAAAGGCUACUGAUUGUCAUAAGAAACUCUCCUCUCCUACAUAUACAGUAUACUUUUAGAAAAUUAACCAGCUCUUGGGAAAAAAAAUUGUGAUAUACUGCCCUGUUAGCAAUAGCAGUUAAAGGCUUUCCUCAGUCUGUACUCGAUUUAUAAAUUUAAGAAAAAAAAAAAGCUUUGUAUUAAAUAGUUUACUUGGUGGUGUGUUCAGAUAUUCACAUAUCAAAUGUCUUCGUCUUCCCCAGACUCUAAUCCACUGUUUGCAUGAUUGAUUUUCUUUAUCAGUGUUACGAUGGUUGACUCCCACAGAACCGGAUUAUUUGUGAGGAAUAUUGUUAUUCAUCUUUUAUAAAUAAACGUUUUUUGUUGCCUUC